AUGGCGGAGGUGGAAAGUAGGAUGUGGUUGGAAGCACAGUUAACCGUUAAGGAUCCUAAUGAGAAUUCAUAUACUGGGAAUGUACAUCAAUCGGAGGAUCUAGGCCUGGAAGACUUUAGAGUUUGUUAUAUUGAUGGCGCUUGGAAAGAGGAUGAUAAGUUUACGGGACAAGGGUGGUUUUGUAAACAGAGAGGAUCAACAGAGGUUAUGUUUGGGGCAAUGAAUCUUCGAAGAAGUUUGUCACCUCUCCAUGCAGAAUGCGAAGCACUUAUUUGGGCAAUGGAAUGCAUGAAGACCCUCCAAUAUCCUGAUGUAGUUUUUGCGACGGAUUGUUCUCAGCUGGUGAAGAUGGUGUCGACACCUGAAGAAUGGCCUGCAUUUUCUACACACAUGGAAGAAUUCAAGCGAAGUAAGACUUUCUUCCCCCAUUUUCGGAUCAGACAUAUCCCUAGAGCACAAAAUACCUUGGCGGAUAAGCUUGCACGUAGUGCGAGGAGUUCUCCUUCAGCUAUGCUUUAUGUCGAUUCAACUCCACCGGUUUGGCUUGCUAGAUCGGCUGGAGACUCAGCUCUAAUUAGUGUUUGA